UGCAACCCUCUGCACAACAGGAGUCAGAACCACCAAGACAACACCACAAGGUUCACCAUGGGGAGAGAAUUUGUGCCAUUCAUCUUUCUGAUGCUGCUUCCUGUGGUCUUGGUCUGGGCAAACCCCCCAACACUCAAAACCAUCAGUGAGCUCAGAAACAUUGAGUUUGGCCACCGCUUCCCACGUCACGGCCUUCAUCUGCUCUAUUUUAUAACUCAUCAACUGGUUCUAGAUAACAACAAUGUCAUAAUACCUUACUUUGUGCCAGGAAGGGAGGACUGGGGCUUUCAUAGGUACCAUAACUACGAAGAUGUGUUUCCACCACUGCAAGAUCAAAACCUACAGGGUUACUACUCAGUAGGGAAUCUGAAUACACAAGUAUCUUCCUCACUACCCCCCUUUGUCACCCAAAGCUAUCACUUAGCCCUAGGUAGUGCAGAGAGAAACAGGGACAGAGUGGUGGUCAGAACGAGCCCCAACAGGCAAUUUUUAGAGGCGCUUUACAUUACACAGCACUAUCCCCUUAAUGAUCCCCGUAGUAAUCAGUAUGACCCGCAAAACACCUGGCGCAUAAGCCCUGCCCUCCUCAGAGAGAUAUAUACUGUGUCAGACAAUUGGGUGGAUGGUCUGUCUGUGUUUUUGUAUAUAGCCCACUAUGAUGGAAGCUCAAUUUACUUCAACUACUACUGCUACGACACUGGCCCAGACAUCAACAUAGAUCAGGUGGAAGAAGCAUCAGGCCAACAGCCUCCCACUGAGUACACUGCUGUAAACAAAAGAGUUACCUUGAGUAACAAUGAUAACCAUGUUAAGUGCUAUGAAAUAUUGCUGGAGGUGAAAGCCACGGACAACGGGUAUGCUCGGAUCAGAUGGUCUAAUAUGCCUGACACAUUGCUGGACAAGGGGGUCCAAGUGAAUGUCUGUAAAGAAAAUGGAAAGUGUUUCACUUCACCUAUUAUAUCAAGAAGCUAUGGAACCUACGACACCAGAGAAUAUCUAAACAAAGGCCUGAGCCCACGUCUCCAGUUCAUAGAAACCAAGUAUGAAAUUAUGCGUGGUCCUACCUAUGACGACACAGACAGGAAGCUUCCUGUUGAUAUUAACGGCUCUGAUGCCAGUCUGCAAAUCUACACUAAAGACGGAUACGCCUGCGCUCGUCUGAUCAUCAAGAACACAUUCAGCGAUUGGAAGAUAAAGUUCUAUAAUUCAUGGGUUGGAUUCUACUACAAUUACAAUAAGGACAAUACAUAUUUUGAUACCUAUCAAUGGGCUACAAAGUUCCAACAUGAAAGCGAAGCAGAAGAAUAUAACUUGUAUGCAUAUUGUUCUUGCAUUGCCAUCAGACCUGGGGCCCAGGCUCGAUUCUUUGAGAGCAAGGAAUAUUCAUCUAUUGCAAUGACGAUUCCCUGGGAACGCUAAAAGUUUUUUUGUAAUUUGAACUUCAUGGCCUUAAGAAUCAUAAAUAAUUUAAAAGGUGUGAAAAUAACUCUAUACAAUAGACAACUGUAACAUAAAUAAAAACAUGCAGAAAAGAGUCUUUAUAUAAGUAAAUCUGUCUAUACAGUUUGUGCUAAAUAAUUUGCAUAAUCGUGGAGAAUUAGUAGUAUAUGCCCAUUUGUAAAGAAAACAUGAGUGAGCCGGCAAAACACAUCUUUUAUUUCUU